GCGGGACUUCGAGCCAUAGCCAAUCGACGCCUAAGGCUGAAGCGCUGAGGCUGGUUGAACGCGUGCGGGGGAGGCGGCUUCUUCCGGCUGGACCGAGGGGUAACUUCGUACGUUGAAGGACACUGUCUGCGGAAUUCUUGCUUUUUGCAAGAUUGAAAUCAUGGCAGGUCCAGAAGCCGACGCCCAAUUCCAAUUCACUGGUAUCAAAAAAUAUUUCAACUCGUAUACGCUCACAGGUAGAAUGAAUUGUGUACUGGCCACAUAUGGAGGCAUUGCUUUGCUGGUCUUAUACUUCAAGUUAAGGUCUAAAAAAACUCCAGCUGUGAAAGCAACAUAAAAGGAUUCUAAGCUGUACUUCAUCUGUUGAUUUCUCAUGCCUGGAGAAGCUAAUGUCAACUCAUCAUGUGAUACUCAAUUUGUACAAUAAAUUAUGAACCUGGAAAA